AUGGAGGACGGCAAGACCUCCGAUCAGGGGCACUCGUCCGGCGUCGUGCGGCCGAUGGUGCUAAUAGUGAUCACGUUAAGCCUGAUGGCCGUGCUGCUCAUGUCUACGUGGGUCUCGCCGGCCGGAGUCCGGCUAUUCUUAAGCGCUGUGUCCGACGAAGGCCUAGGCCGAGCCGGCUCCUCGGCGACGGUACCGGACACUCGCGACCGGCUGCUCGGCGGUCUCCUCUCGCCGGACUUCGACGACGACUCCUGCCUCAGCCGCUACCGCGCAUCGCUCUACCGCCGGCCGUCACUCCACGUCCUGUCCCCGCACCUCGUCUCGCGCCUCCGACGCUACGAGUCCCUCCACCGCCGCUGCGGGCCCGGCACCUCGGCCUACUCGCGCGCCGUCGCCCGCCUGCGUGACUCCAUGGACGAGCAUGCGCCGGCGCCCGGGCCGGCGUCCUCGAACAGUACCUCCGAGGCCGACCCGGCGGCCGAGUGCAGCUACAUCGUGUGGACACCCCAAGCGGGCCUCGGCAACCGCAUCAUCUCCACCGCCGCCGCCUUCCUCUACGCGCUGCUCACCGACCGCGUCCUCCUCGUCCAACACCCCGGCCACGACCUCGACGACAUCUUCUGCGAGCCGUUCCCCGGCUCAAGCACCUGGGUGCUCCCAGAGAAAGACUUCCCCAUCCGGAGCAUGGAGCGCUUCAACACCCGCACCCCGGAGAGCCUCGGAAACGCGCUGCGCCGUGGCGAGGGGUCCAGGGACCCGCCGGCGCCGUGGAUGUACCUGCAUCUACAGAACAACUACCAGCCCAACGACCGGCGCUUCUUCUGCGACGACGGGCAGGACGCGGUGCGUGGCGUGCGCUGGCUGGUGCUCCGCUCCGACAACUACUUCGUGCCGGGCCUCUUCCUGGUCCCGCGGUACGAGCGCGAGCUGGACCGCCUGUUCCCGCGCCGCGACGCCGUGUUCCACCACCUCGGGCGCUACCUGUUCCACCCGAGCAACACGGUGUGGGCCAUGGUGGCGCGGUACCACACCUCGUACCUCGCCCCGGCGGAGGAGCGGGUGGGCCUCCAGGUGCGCGACUUCAAGUUCACUCCCAUCUCCGCCGACGAACGCUACAGCCAGAUCAUCUGGUGCGCGUACGGCCAGGGCAUCCUCCCCUCCGUCGACAACAACGCAACCUCUGCCGCCGCCGGUGCCCCUGAUCACCACCAGGAGCCGACGACGGCGACGAAGCGCAAGGCCGUGCUCGUCGUGUCGCUGCGCGGGGACUACUACGAGAAGCUCAGCAGCAUGUACUACGAGCACGGCGCGGCGGGAGGCGGGGCGGUGAGCGUGUUCCAGCCGACGCACCUGGGCGCGCAGCACUCGGAGGAGCGGCACCACAACCAGAAGGCCUUCGCGGAGAUGGUGCUGCUCAGCUUCUCGGACGUGGUGAUCACGUCCGCCGCCUCCACGUUCGGGUACGUCAGCCAGGGGCUCGCCGGGCUGAGGCCCUGGGUGCUCAUGACCCCCGUCGACGGGAAGGGACCCGAGCCACCGUGCCGUCUCGCCCCAACGAUCGAGCCCUGCUUCCACAACGCGCCGCACUACGACUGCAAAACCAGGGCGCGCGCUGACAGUGGCAACCUGGUCCGGCACGUCCGCCAUUGCGAGGAUUACCCCAAUGGCGUUCAGUUGGUGGACUAA